AUGGGUUUAGUCUCCCGUUUAGGAGUAUCGUUUUCUCCCCAGAAAUGGUUGAUUUCGAAGACGGGGUGUUUUGAGUUUGCAAAGAGAUUUGUUGUGAAGGGUUGCCAACUCAAUCUUUCGCCGGUUUCAAUGCAAGCUUUGCACACAGCCCGCUCAACAGUGGCUAUCUGCCAGAUAGCUGAGAAGUAUCGUGUUUGCAAUCCACGUAUACUUUUCCGCUUGAAGGGUGCUGGCUACCGUGUGAUGGCUCGCCUAUAUUCCUCCUAUAGAACCCGUUCUUGGGUGGGUCGCGAGUACUAA